GUAACUGUAUUUAAAGACAUCCUGUGUCUAUUUCGAUGUGUAGAGGACUACCCAAUCAUUUGAGAAUUACCCGACUCAACAACGCGAAAGGUCAUGGAGGUGACAUCUCAACCUGCUGCGUUUGGACCCCAAGAGUUUCAGACUGGAUUAAUGAGCUGCUGUGAAGACAUGAGCGUUUGUUGUUGUGGCCUUUUCUGUCUCCCAUGUAUGGGCUGCUCCAUCGCUAGUGACAUGAACGAGUGUUGCUUAUGUGGUUUAGGCAUGCCAAUGAGGAGUGUAUACAGAACUAAAUACAACAUACAGGGUUCGAUGUGUUCUGACUUUUGUAUCGUUUACAACUGCAUGCCGUGUGCAGCCUGCCAACUGAAGAGAGACAUCGAAAUUAGGAAGCGCCUUGGACAAUUCUGAGGAAACUUUCUUUAAAGAUAAUAAACAAAAGCAGUGAACAGAGUUGGUCUAUGGUUUCUAAAGGCAACAGAGGAAAAUGCUUUAGAGCAGUCUAUCUACAGUACACUCGAAAAACUAGACUAAAAUGUGGUAUAAGCAAAUAGAUGACACUAAUCAAACUUUAUGGCUUCAUUCUGUAUGAAAGUACAGGCUGUUGUUGGCAUUAGAUUGAUAACAGACAUCAUGUUUCUCAUAACUACCAGCUGUAUUUUAUGAUAUAGGUGCAAUAAUGUACAGAGUGAACUGAUAUAUUUUUCAAUUACAACAUGUUGUUGUAAGGUGAAAUGAGGUGUUCUUGCAAUUAAUUUAUUAUUAAUUGUAUCAUGUCAAUGCAUUAAUUUCUAUCAUAACAAUGUUUAAUACAGUUGUACUGUUAUAUUCUCAGUAAAGAUAAAUCCAUGUCAGAUUU